AUGAAGACGUGCAAUUUCGCCGCCGCCUUGUUGGCGGUCGCUCCCGCUGCUGUCGCCGGUUGGAGCUGGGCCCAGGGCAAGUCGAUCAAUUUCACCUCUGUCCCUGGCUACUUCGUCCAGGACGACGAGGCGACCGAUCCCACGGGAUUUGACUACGCCGCCGUCAAUUUCGGCCUGAUUAACCGGACCUACCCUACGGACAAGCGCUUGACCGCGGCGAAGAACAAGACCCAAUGGCAACGCUUUGAGGCGUUCGUCAAGGACCUGAACUCGGGCUGCCACAGGAAAGCCAACGUUCAGUACAAGGUCCUGUUCAUCGGCCGUCACGGCGAGGGCUGGCACAAUGCUGCCGAGUCUUUCUAUGGCACGCCCGCCUGGAACUGCUACUGGGCCGAACUAGAUGGGAACGGCACGGCUGCAUACAAGGCAAAUGCCUACUUCAAGGACCGCUAUGAGACGCAGAAGAUGCCGUACUUCCAGUCUUACUACACCAGCCCUCUUUCGAGGUGUACCGUUACGGCCAACUUGACGUUUGCAGACAUCCAUCUCCCUGCAGAGCAUCCCUUCAUUCCCACCGUCAAGGAAGGCUUUCGAGAAGGCAUAUCCAUCCACACCUGCGACCGGCGGUCAAAUAAGACGUACAUCUCCCACAUGUUCCCCACCUACAAGUUCGAGCCCGGCUUCUCCGAAACCGACCAGCUCUGGCGGGCCACGGAGGAGGAGACGGACGCCGCGCUCGCCCAGCGCGCCAAGGCGGUGCUCGACGACGUGUUCCGCACCGACAAGAACACGUGGAUCAGCAUCACGGCGCACUCGGGCAUCGCCGGCGCGCUGCUGGCCGCCCUGAACCACCGCCCCUUCAGCCUCUCCACGGGCCAGAUCAUCCCCGUCCUCGUCAAGGCCGAGGCGGUCGACUUGCGGCCCACGCCCACCGUGCAGCCGUACGAGCCGUCCGCCACGUGCCGCGCGCCGCCCGUCACCUCGAAUGCGAGCCAGGGGUGCGUCUGCGCCUCCACGACCGCGGCACUGCCCCGGGCCACUACCGGUGAGCCCUAG